UGUUUCCGGUGUCUUAUGACAUUUUACUUCCUUCCACACAGACCGACGCGAACAAACCGAGACAGAAACACGUCGCGAACUUUCAAACGCUGCCGUGCAGGCUCGCGCUCCGAGCUCAGGUUUUUUUUCCCGGUUGGUCUCCGGUGUGAAAUGCGCGGCACGUUGGCGGGCGUCGACCGAAAACUGAAGGAGAAUUAGUGGAGGGAGAAAAAAAAAAAAAAAAAAAAACAUAAACGUGUGUGUGUGUGUGUGUGUGAGGCCUCCUCCUCCUCCUCCUCCUCCUCCCCCCCCUCCCCUGAAGAAAGUUUGGUCGAGGCCUGUAAACAACAUGUCCUCCUCCGCCUCGCAGUCUUCCUCCAGACGACAAUGGUGCUACCUCUGCGAUCUGCCCAAGAUGCCCUGGGCCAUGCUGUGGGAGUUCAGCGAGGCCGUGUGCCGGGGAUGUGUCAACUACGACGGGGCGGACAGGAUAGAGCUCCUCAUCGAGACCGCCCGGCAGCUGAAGAGCACGCACGGGGUGCUGGACGGCAGGUCUCCCGGUCCACAGCAGGGCAAACCCAGCUCGGCCGGGCCCAUUGAAGCGGGGCGGCAGCAGCAUGCGGAGCGUCUGGAGAGGGGGAGGGGUGAGUAUGGGGUGUCCUCUCGCCUCCCCAAUGGUCUGCACAGAGCUGAAGAUGUGGCCUUGUCAGAGGGCAGCAGACAGAGCCCGAACACUCGGCGUGCUAUAGUUGGGGCAGUUCCUAGUCUGCAUGGAAACAUAACCCAUGCCUUGAUAGCUCAGGGGUUAGUAGCAGCCCCUCAUGGGCUUCUAGCCCCGUUAUCAGGCUCCAGGUCCGGGGCGACACCGAUUGCGGUCUCAGCCGGCACCAUAAUGGGCGACGCUGGCAGAAGACAGGCCGUGUCCCUCGGACCGAGCACCUCCACCCUGGUGGGUAUAGAUCCUGCGGUGUGGAGGAACAACGAAGUGAUGGCCGAGCUGAACGAGGUGGCUCGAAGCCGCGUCGAAGGCUGGCCGAACCGUCCCAAAGCGGUCCGGGAUGUACUCGUGGCUCUCAGCAGCUGUGUCCCCUUUAACGUGCGCUUCAGGAAAGACCACAACCUGAUGGGUCGCGUCCUGGCCUUCGACGCCAGCACAAGUCCAGAGUUUGAGCUGAAGGUGUUUGUGGAGUACCCCGCCGGCUCUGGGAUGAUCUUCUCAGGGGUCCCAGACCUGGUCAGGCAGAUGUUCCGCGACUCGGCCAAAGACGCGGGCAAAGCGGUGAACUCUGGGCUUCGCUAUGUGGAAUAUGAGAAGCGGCAAGGCACGGGAGACUGGCGUGCGCUGUCCGAGCUGUUGAAUGACGGCGUGCGGAUGUUCAAGGAGCCCCCGAUCCCAGAGGUCCUGCCACAGCCAGAUGCAGGGAUGCCUAUGGCAGCAGCUGGACGCCCCGUACCGGCGAAGAGCACGACCCGGCGCCGUAAGGCUUCCCCGGGCUCCGAGAACGGAGAGAGCGAAGGGAGGUCCGAUCAUCCGGCGAGAGAGCCCUGGCCACGAGGUGCCUACGCAGGCAUGGAGCCUCUUCCAGGCAUGGCCGUCCCUCAAGAGGGCCCACCCCGUUUACACAGCCAGCCCUCGCCGAUCUCGGCGCUCAUGGGAGUCGCGGACAGCCUGAGCUCCAGCCAGAUGGCCAGAGAUAGCCCCAGCAUGUCCACAGCCCACUCCUCAGCCGGGCGCCCCACCAGCAGCAGCCCCUCCACCGCCUCCACCUCAGUCUCCCAGGCAUCCUUGGGGCAGGGCUUAAGCUCGGUGGGUCCGAGCAGCAACACCAGCGCCGGGGAGUCCACGAGCAGCGCUCAGGGCACCCUGCUCUGCUGCACCCUCUGCAGAGAGCGCCUGGAGGACACACAUUUUGUCCAGUGUCCCUCUGUCACGCACCACAAGUUCUGCUUUCCAUGUACCCGAGGGUUCAUCCGCAGCCAAGGUCAAGGCGGGGAGGUGUACUGCCCCAGCGGAGAGCGCUGUCCCCUGGCUGGAUCCACCGUGCCUUGGGCCUUCAUGCAGGGAGAAAUCUCAACCAUCCUGGCUGGAGAAGACGUGACAGUAAAGAAGGAGAACGACCCUUGACGUCUCCAUCCUGUUGUGGUGAAUGUGGAUCAAACACUUUGAAAGCACUUCCCUAUUAUCUCGAGCAGAUUGUCCACCGAGAACAGAAUCACUCUGAACCCCAGGAGGACCCCCCGCUACACACACCGUCAACUAAACGACACAACAAGACUCACUUUUGAGAAGAGACACACGUCCGUCUGUCAGGGCCCGGGCUGCAUCACAACAACAACAACACCCGAACGUCGAGUCCUGACCCAAAUCUCUCUCUCUCUCUCUCUCUCUGUCUCAUCAGGUCUCACUUUCAAAGCCCCGGAUAGAAAGCACACGCUUGUUUUAAGAAUGACAAUCUAUUUUGUCUUUUCAUUUGUGUUUUUGUUUUUGUUAUAUACAGUACAUUGCAUACUGUCCUACACAGGUGGAUGACGGCGAUGUUGAUAGAUGGUUUGACAGAAACAUGCAAUUUUUUUUUUUUUUUUUUUGGAGUAAAAAAAA